AUGAUGUUCAGUGGGCAAAAGUUUAAUGCUUUGAGCAUAUUCAAGUGGAAAUGGCGUGGUGAAUCAUCUUUGUCAACCAGCUUGCUUGAAGAUGUUCCACCAGAGAUUGAAUUAUCUGAUUAUAGAAGGGUACCAAGUCCUGGUAGUGAGAGCCCUUCAGGGCUUCUUAAUGGUGAGAGCUUGAAUGUGGAACCAAUUGCUGAUCUGGACCUGUUCUUUGAAAGAUUAUACAAUUACUAUUGCGAGAAAGGGCUUUGGUGUAUUAUUAUAAAGUGGAUAGUUGAGCUUUUUGGCCUGGGUUUCACCAUUGGUUUCUCGGGGUUUUUCUUAUUAUAUGUUGAUUGGAAUGGUCUUCGUAAUGCUAAGUGUGGGAUGGAUGCGGUUGAAUCUGGAAUCAAGCCCUGUGAUCUUGCUAAAGAAGCUCUCUAUCCACACCCAUUAACCCCUCUAACGCUUUCGAAAGCUAUCAUUGUUGGGUAUUUGGGGUUAUUUUCUAUCUAUUGGAUCUUCUGUUUCUUGAGGUUUUUUGCUCAAUUGAGGGACAUCCUUGGUAUCCGGCACUUCUAUUAUAACAGUCUCCGUGUUACGGACAAUGAAAUUCAAACCAUGCAAUGGGCUACAGUGCUUGAAAAGGUUGUUCAGUUGCAACACUCGCAACAACUCUGCGUGGUUAAGGACCUUACUGCUCAUGACGUGGUGAUGCGAUUGAUGAGGAAGGAGAACUACUUGAUUGGAAUGCUCAACAAAGGAGUGCUUGCUUUUCCAAUCUCCCUGUGGAUUCCAGGCGUUGGCCCAACUGUGAGGACUGGUUCAAAUGGAAUGCAGCAUCGCCUAAUACUGACAAAGCCCCUUGAGUGGACCUUAAAUUGGUGCAUAUUACAGAGCAUGUUUGAUCGAAACUAUUGUGUUAGGAGGGACUUCAUUUAUAAUCCCAAUGCAUUAAAGAAAAGGCUUAUGGUAGUUGGGCUUGCAAUGCUAGUCCUUUCACCAUUUCUGGUUAUAUUCAUGCUGGUGUAUCUCUUCCUAAGGCAUGCUGAACAAUUUUAUAAUCAUCCAAGCACAGCAUCAUCUCGAAGAUGGUCAAAUUUGUCAAGGUGGAUUUUUAGAGAAUUCAACGAGGUUGACCAUUUGUUCAAGCAUCGGAUCAAUAGCAGUGUGAUGCAUGCUUCAGAAUAUUUAAAGCAAUUCCCCUCACCUAUUAUUUCAAUCAUCGCAAAAUUCAUCUCUUUUGUCUCUGGAGGCUUUGCUGCUAUCCUGAUCAUCAUUGCAUUUCUGGACGAAUCUUUGCUAGAGGGCCAUAUAUAUGGGCGCAACUUGUUUUGGUAUGCUGCUGUUUUUGGAACUAUAACAGCCAUCAGCCGGGCUGCUGUUACAGAUGAGCUCCUGGUCCCUGAUCAAGAAGGGGCAAUGUCUAUGGUGGUCCAACACACACAUUAUAUGCCAAAGAAAUGGCGGGGCAAAGAAAAUACUGAGAGGGUCUGUAUGGAGUUUGAAACCUUAUUUCAGUAUACUGGAAUGAUGUUACUUGAGGAGAUGGCAUCAAUUUUCCUCACUCCAUUCUUGCUUUUAUUUGUGGUCCCAAAGCAUGUGGAUGACAUCUUACAGUUCAUUGCGGAUUUCACAGUGGAUGUUGAAGGUGUUGGCCAUGUUUGCAGUUUUAGUGCUUUCAAUUUUCAAAAUCAUGGAAAUAGCAAUUAUGCCUCGCCCCACAAUACACCUCGCUCCCAGAGGAGUUGUCAGGGGAAGAUGGAGAAAUCAUUUUUGAGUUUCCAGAGUAGCUAUCCUUCGUGGGAACCCAACAAUGAGGGAAAGCAGUUUCUGUUAAAUCUUAGAACUUUUAGGGACCAAAAGUUGCAAGGACAGGGAGUUAGACAUAGGUACUCUCCUCAUAGAAUGUGGAGAGGGAGCCCCAGUCUGAGAGGCCCUGGUGACAGAUACAAUCCUCCUUCAAGGGAAAUGCAAUUUAAUACUCCCGGCUUUCAGCAGGGUUCGCUGUGGCUACUUGAUAUAGAUCAGAGGAAUCACCCAUAUCUUCUUGAUUGGUAUUAUACUUCUCGACCUCAUGGUUCAACUAACAAUACGAGAGAUGCCACAGCAGUAUCAUUUGAAGCAGCUGAGCAACAACAUUCUCUAGAUUAUUGGACACCAUCCAGCUUGACACAGAAGGAAGCAAGAUAUGAUGAAGAGUUCUGGGGUCACAAUUACCAGGAUCGAUCAGUGUCUCAUUUGGGGGCUUCUACAUCUGCCCCAUUCUUUCAGGAAAGUGUGCUUGAACAUCAUGACUCCAGCAACCUUGCACAUCCUACUAGGAGCCAUUGGUGGGCUAGAAGUGGCCCACGUGGUGCACAGCCCCAAGCAAGUUUUCUCGAGCCUCCUGAUUUCAACGGGUAUGCUUCAGGAAGUUAUUGUGAUAAUCUAUCGGAAAGAAGCUUUGAGGAGCAAGAGCAACACUUGGAUUGGAGAAGCUCGAACAGAUUGUCCCGGACCACGUAUUUGGAUGAUGACAUUGAAGGAGGCAGUCUGAGUCUUCAUUUUGAUGACGUUUAUAGCAGACCACCUGACACACCCCCUGCAUUUCGAGAGCCCCCAAGCUUUUGA